ACUAAAUCAGCCAUUGUGAAUUACAAUAUUAAAAGGGGCAGACUGGCGUUGUUGUUACUAGUCUUUCGUCACACAUUACGGUGAAAAGGAACCUUUAGGCGCCGCCGAUGCUGUACACGGCAUAUUAAGCGUAACACAAAAUUCUGUCAACAUGGCUGCCUCCUCUAGGAGUUUAUUAAGAGUCUUAUCCAGAUGUCAGAGUCAAUUCUAUCCAGUUUCCAGCAGUUCACUGACCGCACACAGACAGUUACCCGUCAGAUCAUAUGCUGCUGCAGCUAAGCCAGCGCAGAAAGAAAAGAAAGAAGAAACGGGUCAAGAAAAAGUGGUGAAAGAGAAAAGAAAGAUUGACGACAGAGACAGGCAUAAACCCUAUGGACUCACUGCCUGGGCUCCAUUAGAUGAUGUGUACUUUGUCAGGUAUUAUCCUAAACCUGUUUAUGAGAUGCCAGUCGCCAUUGAAAUGCUGAAGAACUUUCAGAAGUUGGACUUCACUGCUGAAAACCAGCCUGUUUACAUUAACUUGUGUCUUGACAUGAAGCUGGAGAAAAAGAAAAAAGUGGAUCCAUUUGUUAGCACAAUGUAUUUACCACACCCCUUCAAGACGGAUGUCAACAAAGUUGUGGUUUUCACUGAGAACCCGGAUCAAGCCAGACUAGCAAUGGAGAAUGGAGCAACAAUUGCAGGUGGGGCCGAGCUGGUUGAAAAGAUUUUAGCGGAUGAGAUCACAGCAGAUUUUUACUUGGCUGAGCCGGACAUUGUACAAAAGUUACUUCCUUUGAAGAACAAGCUGAGGAAGAAGUUUCCCAAGAGCAAGAGAGGAUCGGUUGGGAUAAAUAUUCCCAAAAUGCUUGCAUUGUUCAGGACCGGUCAUGAAUAUAUUGUUGAGGACGUCUGCGUUAACACACAAGUUGCAACACUUGAUAUGCCCAAAGACUUUAUUUUUGAAAACAUUCAGGCCGUAUGUAAAGAUGUGGCCAGCCACAAACCAACAGAAUUGGGGCCCUUUAUUGUGCAGGCAGUCAUCUGCAGCAGGACAAGUGAGGGGUUGCGUGUCAAAAUUGAGGAUUUAUUACCACAGGAGCCAGAAAAGUCAUGAGAGUUUUGUUUUGUAUAUAUUUCAAUUGUACCAAUAAUUUACACUGUAAUAAAAUCUUAACCAUGA